AUGUCUACCUUGCGACUAUUGGAGCUGUACAGCGGAAUCGGUGGAAUGCACUAUGCUCUCCAGGAAGCGGCUGAGGAGAGCGGUCUCGGUCCGUUCUCGGACUUCGAAGUGGUGGCGGCUGUCGACAUCAAUACGGUCGCCAAUGAAGUUUACCAGUCGAACUUCGCGACGAAGGUUCUGAAUCGUCAGAUACAGUCCUUGUCCGUGAAAGAGCUCGACGGCGCUCUUGCUUGUGAUUUGUUGACAAUGAGUCCACCCUGUCAACCGUUCACAAGGCAAGGCAAGCAAUUAGGCGAGCGAGAUCCGAGGACUCAAUCAUUCCUGCAUCUGCUGAAGGUAUUGCCGCAGCUGGAAUCACGGCCUAAAAUGAUUUUCCUCGAGAAUGUGAGGGGCUUCGAGAGCAGCCCCGUGUGCCAUGGAUUCCUGCAAUUCCUCGAGAAUUGCGGUUUCGUGUACGCGCAGUGCUCCUUAUCUCCGACCCAAUUCGGGAUCCCGAACUCUCGUUUGCGAUACUACUGCUUGGCGAUCCGGCAAGAUCUUGUGCAGACUGCAUACAAGCACAUGUUUUCGGUCGAUCCCUCGAAGAUUAUUCAAGAUCCUUCCUUUUUCCUCUCAGAAAGCGAAGUGCCCCCGAUGACUACGGUGGAACACUUCCUGAGGGGGGCCGAGAACGAUGAGCUCUUAUUGGAUGAGGCUGUUCUUGAAAAAAACUGCAUGGUAUUAGAUAUUGUACUCCCAUCUUCCACGAACUCCUGUUGUUUCACCAAGAACUACGGACGAUAUAUGAAGGGGACUGGAUCUGUGAUAGCCGAACUGCCGAAGGCCCCGGAAGUCGCAUGAAACAUCGAAGUUGAUUGCGGAGGAUUCGCUCUCACUGAGGCUUUCCCUCCAGAUUUGAAAUUGCGCCUGUUCAGCCCUGAAGAAGUUUCGUCGCUGAUGUGCUUCCCGUCCUCGUUCCGAUUCCCCGAAACAACAUCGUUGAAGGAGCGAUACCAUCUAUUGGGCAAUAGUGUAAAUGUGUACAUUGUCAGCAAGCUCCUGCAAUUCAUGUUGAACGUGAUAUCUAAUCCGAGGCAGGUUCCCGGCCCCCUACUCGUUGGGGUGGGUUUGACAGCUCUGUUCUUCGUUUUGAUCAUCGCGGCUUCGUGCGAGAAUGGCUACGAAGCUCUGCGAAACUCACACUCUGAAGUCUCCCAGGAUUACGAGCCCAGAGCGGCCGCGCUCUUCGCGACCAAAGCUUCGAAAAGUGGACCCUCGAUAAAAUUCGACGUCGUAUCAUUGCAAGAAGUUGAAUACGACUGGGCCUACGGAGCGGGGCAAGACACCGACAACUUCGCCACGGGACUCUUAGAAAAACACGUUCUGAGGCAGAGGAUGCGUACAUGA